AUGAUCCACGAGGUUCCGAUCCGAACUCUGCCACAGGAAUGGCUUUGGUGUGAAACGUGGUGCGACGACGAGAGCAAAAAAGCAGCAAAAACCAUUGAUUUGGUCGGAAUUAAAACAGAUUUCCUUUUUAUUUCAGUCUAUUUCAGUGCAACAAUCCGUUGACCAAGGAAUCGAAAUUGAGCUCUGCCCAAAGAAUUAUCGGUGAAUGGAAAACCUACGACGAGGAGAUUAGCGAAGUUCUUGCUGGAAAAAAGACGAAGGACACGAAGGCGAAAACAGAGUUAUAA